CCCGUGCGGGCGGCGGGGUGGUCGGGGCGGGGGGACGGCGGCGCAGCCCCGGGCCCCGGCCCGCGCGGGGGCCCCUUCCUGGGGGCGUUGCCCGUGGCCGCCCGCCCCUCGCGGGGCCGCUCCUUGUAUGGUCCGGCCGCGCUCUCCCCGCCCCGCCCCGCCCGGCUGCAGGCGGCGGCUCCGGCCCGGGCCGCGCAGUCCGAGCCCCGCGCCCCGCGCCCCGGCACGCCGCGCUGCCCGGCCAUGGCGGCCCCCCGCCCGCCCCCCGCCAUCUCCGUGUCGGUCUCGGCGCCGGCCUUCUACGCCCCGCAGAAGAAGUUCGGCCCGGUGGUGGCCCCCAAGCCCAAAGUGAACCCGUUCCGGCCCGGGGACGGCGACGCGUCGGGGGCCGGGGCCCAGCGCGCACAGCUGGGCCGGGUGGGCGACAUCCCCCCGCCGCCCCCCGAAGAUUUCCCCUUGCCACCCCCACCGGUUGUGGGGGACGGUGGGGACUACUCGGAGGGCGCCCUGGGAGGGGCCUUCCCGCCGCCCCCGCCCCCCAUCGAGGAGCCGUUCCCCCCUGCGCCGCCGGAUGAGGACAUAGAGGACACCUUCCCCUCCCCGCCGCCGCCCCCGCCCGAAGAAGAGGCUGGGCCCGAGGCCCCUCUGCCGCCCCCACCUCAGCCCAGGGAGAAGGUGAGCAGUAUUGAUUUGGAGAUCGACUCCCUGUCCUCGCUCUUGGAUGAUAUGACCAGGAAUGACCCCUUCAAGGCCCGGGUGUCAUCGGGAUACGUUCCCCCACCCGUGGCCACGCCGUUUGUUUCCAAGCCCAAGCCCUCCACUGGGGCGGCAGCCCCCCUGCCUCCUUGGAAGACCCCUCCCAGCUCCCAGCCUCCGCCUCCGAGCCCGCCUCAGUUUCCCGGGCAGCCCCCGGCCCAGCCCCAGGCCAAGCCCCAGGCCAAGCCUCCUGUCCAGCACCAUGUCCAGCCCCCGCCUCCGGCCCAGCCGCAGCCCCCGCCCAUGGCUAACACCCCGCCCCGGGCGCCCCCCGGCCCUGGCCCUUCUCCAGCCCCUAAGUUCUCCCCAGUGACUCCCAAGUUCACUCCGGUGGCCUCCAAGUUCAGCCCUGGAGCCCCAGGCGGACCCGGGGCCCAGCCCAGCCCGAAGCUAGGGUCUCCUGAAGCCCCCGCCCCCGCGGGCACCGGCUCCCCGCAGCCCCCCAGCUUCAUGUACGCGCAGCAGCGGGAGAAGCCCCGCGUGCAGGAGAAGCAGCAGCCCGCGCCCUCCGCGCCAGCGCCGGCUCCCGCCCAGAACGCCAGCCAGGCGCGCUCCCCCGGGGCCCCGGGCCCCCUGACGCUGAAGGAGGUGGAGGAGCUGGAGCAGCUGACGCAGCAGCUGAUGCAGGAUAUGGAGCAGCCGCAGAGGCCCAGCGUGGCCGCCCACGAGCUCUGCGGCCGCUGCCAGCAGCCCCUGGCCCGCGCCCAGCCGGCCGUGCGCGCGCUGGGGCAGCUGUUCCACAUCGCCUGCUUCACCUGCCACCAGUGCGCGCUGCAGCUGCAGGGACAGCAGUUCUACAGCCUGGAGGGGGCGCCCUACUGCGAGAGCUGCUACACCGACACCCUGGAGAAGUGCAACACGUGCGGGCAGCCCAUCACGGAGCGCAUGCUGCGGGCCACGGGCAAGGCGUACCACCCGCACUGCUUCACCUGCGUGGUCUGUGCGUGCCCGCUGGAGGGCACCUCCUUCAUCGUGGACCAGGCCAAUCGGCCGCACUGCGUCCCUGACUACCACAAGCAGUACGCGCCCCGGUGCUCCGUCUGCGGGGAGCCCAUCAUGCCCGAGCCCGGCCGCGAGGAGACGGUGCGCGUGGUGGCACUGGACAAGAACUUCCACAUGAAAUGCUACAAGUGUGAGGACUGUGCGAAGCCGCUGUCCAUCGAGGCCGACGACAACGGCUGCUUUCCCCUGGACGGCCACGUGCUGUGCCGCAAGUGCCACGGCGUUCGCGCCUCGCAGGGCUGAGUGGGGACUGGCCGCCCCCCGCCCCACCCCCACCAGUCGCCCCUCUUGUGGGUGGGGGGGCUGCUGCUUCCACUGCUGAGCUUGCAGGGGGCCCGGGAGAGCCCCGCGCCGCGCAGGGCUCUGGGGACGGGCCGGUCCCGGACACAACAGCCUCACCUCCCGCCCACUGCCGCCAGGUGUGGCUGGAGCUGCAAAUAAAAACAACUUGUUUUCCAGAA